GUGGAAGAUAUCACAGCUGUACAUGAAACUGCAAUGGUACAAUUGGAAAAUAACCACUUAGUUGCCAUUACAGUACUGCAGGAUGAGAAUGAAUGCAAGAUUCAAGAACUGAACACUGCUCACAAACUGGAAAAGGCACAAUUAGAAGAGAAUUUUGAAAAACUGCGGCUGACGCUCCAGGACCAGAUAGACAUCCUCACCUUCCAGAACCAAUCUCUUAAAGCCAAAGCAGACCGAUUUGAAGAGGCUCUGAAGAAAAACAAUGAGGAGCAACUGAAGAUUGCACGAGCUCCCUAUAUGCACUUAGAAAAAGAUCUCAAGAGCUUAAAACAUGUUCUGGAAAUGAAGAACCACCAGAUUCACCAACAGGAGAAGAUGAUUAUGGAACUAGAAAAGCAGGCUGAAAAAAAGUUAAAACUGGAAGAAAAAAUCACCGUGCUGCAACAGCAGAAUGAAGAACUCAGAGCCAGGAUUGAGCAAAAUACUGUCAUAACAAGGCAAUUGUCAGAGGAGAACGCUAAUCUUCAAGAAUAUGUUGAGAAAGAAAUGGAGGAGAAGAAGAAGCUGAGCAAAACUAACGAAGAGCUCCUCUGGAAACUACAGGAGGAAGAUGCCGUGAGCCCCGUGAAACUCCCAUCCACAUCAUCCACUUCUUUUUACCGCUGCUCAUCAGCGAACUCCUCUCCAGCAAAAGUCAGAACCUUGCGGCAGUGA